AUGGCAAAAUCAAUGUUACAUGAGAAGGGAAUGCCCUAUUUCCUAUGGACAGAAGCUGUCCAUACAGCUGUCUAUUUGCUGAACAGAUGUCCUACCAAAGCUCUCAACAACAUUACUCCAUUCGAAACAUAUAGUGGAAGGAAGCCUGGAAUUGCACACUUGAAGGUGUUUGGUUCUUUGUGUUAUGUUCAUGUGCCAACUGAAUUGAGACACAAGCUGGAACCUAAGAGUACAAAGGGAGUGUUUGUGGGAUAUGCAACUUGUGAAAAAGGAUAUAGAGUUUUUGAUCCUAUUUCUAACAAGCUUUUACUGUCAAGGGAUGUGACAUUUGAUGAAGAAAAAGCUUGGCAUUGGACAGACAAAGAUGGUUCAGUUAUGACAUCAUACUCAAUUGAAGACCAAGUAGACUUGGAUUUGAAAACUGACAGUUCUAAUGAGAACUCUACUGGUACACCUCAAACUUUGGAUAUGCAAGAGAGCACUUCAUCAACUCCAGGUGAUAUAAGCAGUGAAGAAAGGAGAACCCAAGCUUAUGAUCACACCCCUCUAAAAUGGAGAAGGCUAGAUGAUGUUCUAGCUCAGUGUAACUUGUGUAUCAUGGAACCAGAAAAAUAUGCUGAUGCUGCUCAGGAUGAAUCUUGGCUUAAGGCUAUGGAAGAUGAACUGCAGAUGAUUGAAAAAAAUGAAACAUGGGAAUUGGUAAAUAGACCAACUGAAAAACCAGUGAUUGGAGUUAAGUGGGUGUACAAGACAAAGCUGAAUUUGGAUGGCUCUGUGCAAAAGAAUAAAGCAAGAUUAGUGGCUAAGGGGUAUGCUCAGAAGCCUGGACUGGAUUAUAAUGAGACUUAUGCACCUGUAGCCAGAUUGGACACCAUUAGAACUCUUGUUGCUCUAGCUGCUCAAAAGGAUUGGAAAUUGUUCCAGCUUGAUGUGAAGUCUGCUUUCCUUAAUGGUGUGCUGCAAGAGGAAGUUUAUGUCAGUCAGCCUGAAGGUUUUGUAAUUAAAGGCAAAGAAGACAAGGUUUAUCGUCUGCAUAAAGCUCUUUAUGGUCUGAAGCAAGCCCCAAGGGCUUGGUAUGGAGAGAUAGACAGCUACUUCACUCACUGUGGUUUUGUAAAAAGCUUAAGUGAAGCAACUUUGUAUACCAAAGUGAGGGGAGAUAAGGAGAUUCUAAUUGUGUCUAUCUAUGUAGAUGACAUAGUGUACACAGGGAGCAGUCAAGCAUUGUUGGCUGAAUUCAAAGAAGACAUGAUGGCUAAGUAUGAGAUGACUGAUUUGGGUUUACUUCACCAUUUCCUUGGCAUGGGAGUUGUGCAGACUGUGUCUAGUAUAUUUCUACAUCAAAAGAAAUAUGCUAGCACCUUGUUGAGCAAGUUUGGUUUGACUGAGUGCAAAUCUGUGACAACACCUCUUGUUGCCACUGAGAAACUAGCUAAGGAUGAUGGGAGUGGAGCUGCAAAUGAAGAACAAUACAGAAGCAUUGUUGGUAGCUUAUUGUACUUAACUGCUACAAGACCAGACAUUAUGUAUGCCUCAAGCUUGCUAGCUAGAUUCAUGCACUGUCCUACAAAUAGACACUAUGGAACAGCUAAAAGAGUUUUGAGAUACAUCAAAGGAACUCUGGACUAUGGUCUUGAAUAUGUGAAAGGCAAAAGAUCAAUUCUAGUUGGUUACUGUGACAGUGAUUGGGGAGGAUCAGUUGGUGAUUGCAAGAGCACAUCAGGGUAUGCUUUUAGUUUUGGAAGUGGAGUAUUUUCUUGGGCCUCAGUAAAACAGAACUGUGUUGCACUGUCUACUGCUGAAGCUGAGUAUAUCAGUGCAGCUGAGGCUACUACUCAAGCUAUUUGGCUCCGUUUUGUGCUAGAAGACUUUGGAGAGCUUCAAACUGAAGCUACUCCAUUGCAUUGUGAUAAUAUAUCAGCAAUUGCAAUCACUAAAAACCCUGUAUUCCACCAGAAGACAAAGCAUAUUGACAGAAGGUAUCACUUCAUCAAGGAUGCAUUGCAAGAAGGAGUAAUCAAUUUGGAAUACUGUCCUACAAAUGAACAAUUGGCUGACAUUUUUACCAAACCUCUGGCCAAAGACAGAUUCAAUUAUCUCAGAGGCAUGCUUGGAGUGAAAUCACCUCAAGACUUAAAGGGGAGUGUUGAAUUAUAA